GGCAACGCUGACUUCGGAGAGUGGAGAACAUUGGCAGUAAUCGAGUAAACACGACAGUGGCCAGCAGCUUAGCACGGUGUGCUGCUCAGGACAAGGUUAGAAGUGACCAGUGUAGCUCUGUAUGGACUAGUGAUCGCUACAAAUACAGGAGCUGCCAAGACGAAGCCAGGAUGCUGAAAGAAUAUAGAAUUUGCAUGCCCAUGUCCGUGGAGGAGUAUCACAUUGGGCAGCUGUACAUGAUUGCACGUCACAGUUUGGAGCAAAGCCAUGGGGGUGAGGGAGUAGAGGUGGUGGAGAACACCUCUCACACUGAUCCUGUCCAUGGCCAAGGACAGUACACAGAGAAGCGCAUCCACCUCUCUGGGAAGCUGCCAGUAUGGAUCCGCUCUUAUAUUCCCAGAUUCAUAUAUCUCACUGAGCGAGCCUGGAACUACUACCCUUAUACAGAAACAGAAAACUUUUAUCUCUUGCAGUGUUCGGUGGUACCAAGAUUUUCAAUCAAAAUUCGCACUCGUUAUGAAAACAACAAUGGAUCCUCAGAAAAUUGUCUGAAUAUGGAAGAGGAGGAGCUGAAGAAACGGACUGUUGACAGAGUGGACAUUCUCACUGACCCUGUGGAUGAGAAGCAUUACAAGGAGGAGGAGGAUCUGUCUGUAUUCAGAUCAGAAAAAACGGGCCGUGGUCCUUUGGAGAAAGGCUGGGAUAAAUGCUGUGAUGUGAUUAUGUGCUCCUACAAGCUGGUUGAUGUAUCCUUUCAAGUGUUUGGACUGCAGACCAAAGUAGAGGAGUUUGUGCACCGUGCUAUCCGAAAUAUCUUGCUUUUGGGCCAUCGACAAGCAUUUGCCUGGAUUGAUGAAUGGUAUGGGAUGACGCUGGAUGAUGUGAGGGAGUACGAGAGUGGAAUGCAGGAAAAAACCAAUGAGAAGGUCCGCGAAGCUCAAAAGGAUAUUGAUGGUGGCAUUAAAACCCCUGAGACACCAGAGGGAGAGGAAGAAGAGGGAGAAAAGGAGGGUCAAGAUCUCAAAGGAUCUGGAAGACUUAGUAAGAAUAAUUCCUUAUCUUCUCAAGGAAGUGAAUCCAGCCAGUCCCAAAGGAGUGGAUACCUUUCUUCUUGGUUUAAAUGGUCCUAGUUUUAGCCAGUGAGGUCAAGCUUUAUCGUGUAUUACUCAAAUGUGAUGUAAUAUAAUAGUUAUUUUUAUAAGUAAGACGAUUUCAGCCCUUUGUAUUUACUAAAAUGCUGAUUUUACCAGAACAAUAUAGGGAUUCUCAGUGAUUUGGAUGGUCUGUGUGGUACAUACAUGUAUUUUGUUGACAUCAAAAUUUUUCAGAGAUUUUAAUGUUCUCAAACAACUAUCUUAUCAUUAUUGCAGGACAAUUGUUUUAUUUUAUUGGACAUGUGUAUGUAUAAAAAUAUUUGUACUAGCUUGGUGAGUGAAUUCAUCAUAUUUUCAUCAUGAUCAUGGUUGGUGCCAUGUGUCCUGUAUCUUGUUAUUAUAAAGAAUAAGGACUAAGUAUUUCUGGAGCCAUGAAGACCACACCAGCUUGUAUAACUGCACAAAGUGUGUAAUAUUCUAGUGUGAAUGGAUAUGGAGCUCAUAGUGCUGAAUCGUUUCUUUUACCAAUUACUUUAAAUACAAUGAGUCAUGAUUCAAAAAUGCUGGAAAUAUGCUUUACAAAGGAUUGACAUAACUUACCAUUGUAAAAUUGUGGAUUUCAUCUUAUAAUAUAUUAUAUAUUAAUAUAUAUUUUCUAUAAAUAAACAGUUUUGUAAUAAGAUGAUUGAAGACAUUAUGGACAUUAUCAUGCCUAUAUACAGGUGAUAAGAUGGUAUAUCUCGGAUACUACCUUGUGGAUUUUGCCUUUCUGGAGGAUUCAUCUUACUUGUAAGUCUUAUGGAGGUCUAUUCAUUGUUUAUUGGGGCCAAGGUGGCUGUGUUCUGCAAGCAUCCAGAAAGGUGCCUCCAUCAAUAGUUCCUGCAGCAUCCUACUGCAUCCACUGCAGUAUCUCACCACAAGGAAAUCUAAGUGUCUUUUUGCAUUAGUAAUUGAUUUAAUUUAUAUUCCUGUACAUGCCUGCCUUUUUCACUCAUGGCAUGUUGUAUUCAAGAAGGAAUGCAAUAAUAAUAAAAAAAAAAAUUAUGAAAAGUUUUUGGCUAUUUUUCUGAAUUUUUGUUAGUUUUGUAAUGCAAACUUGUGUUUCAUAUAUGUCAGGUUGUAUUUAAUUAUGAAAUAACAAAAAUACCGGAAAAGAUGUUACUCUAAAAAGAGAAUAAAACUUUUAUAAACCAAGUGUGAAAGUUUAGUAAAUAUAAAAAAAACAAGCACAUGUAAUAUAUAUUUCUCUUCAACUAUAUUUUAAAUUUACUUGUUUUAUUUAUUUAUUAACAUAUUUUUUCUGAUAUUACUGGCCAUGAGGAGACAUCUGGGUAUGCUUGUGCACCUGACUCUUGCAAGGGUAGUUAUUGAGGAUCUCUCCUCCAUUUCUAGAGUCCUAGGCAGAUAAUAUUUAAAAUCUAUACGCUAUGCAUAUGGGCAUCUCAUCUUAGCUACUCUCAUUAACAGAGAUGUCAACCUGUUAUGCAGAUAGAUAGACUGGCCAUUUCUCAUAUAAAGGGUGGCAUUCCAGAACAUGAAUAUCUGCAGUUAUGUAGACAGAAUGGAUGGUAACAAAUGGACAUGCUCAUGAAAGAUUUUCUAUGUAAGGUUAUAUGUAUGGAUUGACGGAUUUUGGAUGCUGAGAUAAAAUAUGUAUGAGUAUACUGACAGUGAUGUUUGGUGGUGUUUGGGAUAUUAUUUUAUGAGUGUGAAUACCCCAAUUGAUAUUGUAUGAGUAGAUUGGGCCAAGAAAUGAAGCAGUUAAUUGGACUAGUUUCUUCCAAAAUUUUCUUUGGCUAUGAACAUUUGGUCAAUAUCAUGUUACUUUUCUUUUUGUGGACACUCUUGGUAUAAUGUGUAUAAUUAUAUUCUAAGAAUCUUGCUUUUUGUUUUCUGCGGCUGUAUUGCAAAGCUUGCAUUGACUUAAUUCAUGACUUGCGUGGAUACUUUGCAUAUUAAGUGAUCCUUUUCUGACCAAGGACAUGGUUUUUAGUUUUUACAUUUUUGGGGUGAGAGUUGGGUUAAGGUUUUUAUACCUUCUCUGUGUAUAUAUAUACCUGACGUUGGCUGUGUUCAUUGUGUUGUUAACAUGGGCAAGGUAGAAAGAAAUGUGUAAAGUUCAAAUCCAGAUUUAAUUUUGCUCUGUUUAUAUUCAGUGUAGCUUGUAUUUAUAUAUUUAUUAUCUUUUCUUAUGAUGUGAGGUUUUAUGAUGAUGUUUUGGUAUUUUGAUAUAGUGUGUUGUGAGGUUUUUUAGUUAGAAUGUCAACAAAUAUUUUUCAUUGUAUGUAGCGUAAGUCAGAAAGUUACAUCAGGUGGGAUGUGUCUCUUGGUCAGGCAUCAAGACAUUCUGUUGGAUUUUUUUUAUCUGCACAAACUGUACUAUUACAAGUUAAUCACCUAAUGUUCAAAGCUCUGAUAAAAGGUCCUCAAACCAGGUUUGGGGUGACAAAGUGAUGUUAAGGUGCACUAUGUCAAAGCUGUGCUAAUAGAUACUUUCCUGUUCUAUAUGCAUUUCUAUCAAUAGUGCCUGAAUUCACUGCAAAAAUGUAUUACAAGGUGAGGACAGUAACUUUGAAAGGACUCCAGAUGCUAGUGCUAUUGGAAUUUUGGUUUUGUGGUCAUGAAACUUUAGAUUUAUACACUUAUGCAGUCAGGCAUGUGAUACAGUGUGAUGUCUUUAAGACUUUUUUUUUUUUUUUUCCCAUUCUCUUUCUUACUGUAAGUGAAAUUUUAAUGAUCUCUUAGUCGCUGCUGUCAGAUCUCUGGAUGCUGGCAUUUGUUUAUGGUAUACAAAACUGAGGUACUAAUUUCUUCAAUCUAAUGACAACAUAAUAUACUUGAUUAAUCACAAAUUAGUCAGAAAGUGGAACAUGGACAUCUUAAAAUUUUGUUAAGAUAUUUUGGGAAUGAAACUUGGAAUCUGUUGAUCAUGUAAUAUUCUACUUGCUUGACCAAAGGUUAUGUCUUAAAUAGGCAAGGAGCUUGAUGGUCUGAAGUGCAACCAAGACACUGCGUAAUUUCAUCCUUUACAAAGGAUGAAGUUAUGCAGUGUUAGUUUGUAAAGAUGAUGGAGGGCUAAAAUGUUUUCUCCUAAGGAGGAAUGUGACUAUCUACCUAACACCAUAACUUUCAUACUCUUAAAAUCUUACAGUCUCACUGCAACUCAUUUUUAUGAUAACUAUGAAGGAGAAACAACAAAUUGAACCAAAGAGGAGCUGUGGAAGAAUCUUGACUUCCCAUUAACAGUAUACCCCUCAUAGAAUGAUCUCAGGACCAGAGAGUUGAAAAUAUUCAGCUAAAGGUGACAUCACCAGGAGCUGACUAGAUGGCCUUAUGUACAGCCAAGCCACAAUAAUUAUAAUUGUAAGUCAUAGUACCAGUGAUUUUUCCCAAAGCUAAUUGAUGUGAAUCAUUAAAUCCUCACUGCAAAUGACAGAUCAGUAUAGGACGUACUGUGUGUCAUCGUGGCUCUUCUCUGUGCACCUUAUAGUGAAAGUACUGAAAGUGAAUUGUAUUGUGUAAGGCAUCAUAUUGAUGUUUUGUUGCAUGCUGUUGUGGGUAUUGGAUUAGCUUAUAUGGAUGUUAAUUGUUGAUCAUGCUUAGCAUUGUGCAGAUUUGCUUUCUGAAUGAGUUAACCAUAAAAAUGUUCAAGGAAAAGUAUAUCGCUCAAGUUAUUUCACAAUGGAUUUCACUCAUAGGCCAAGCUGAAUUGAAAGGGGUGCCUCUGGUAAUAUAUAAAAUUAUGCUCAUAUGUCUGUGUAAUGAGAUGUUAUUGUUCACUUCCUCUGUCUCCCAUUGCUCAUACUUAUGCACUUGUUCAAUACUUUUUGGUCAACGAAAUAUCUUUUUGUGCUGUGACAGGAAUGAACAAUGAUAGUUGCACAAAGAAGGGUUUUCUUUGGACUAAACACAAGUGUAUUGUUGUAUAAUAUCCAAGGUUAUUUUUUUAAAAAAGAAAGGAACAGAAAUGUAAAAAACAUUGAGUGAAUAAUUUGUUUCAUAUAUAUAUAUAUAUAUAUAUAUAUAUAUAUAUAUAUAUAUAUAUAUAUAUAUAUAUAUAUAUAUAUAUAUAUAUGCAUUGUAUAUUUGAAUGGAAAAUGAACACCUAUAUACAAAUUUGUAAAGUAUAUCAACUGAUAUUUUUCCUGAUAGAAUACUGUUGAUUGUUUGUGACUAGUAACCUAUGUAAACAGUUAGGAUUAUGUUCAUACUCAUUGCUUUGCUUGGCUUCCUGGCCUAGUCUUGGCUCACAUAUCAUUUUAACAGCCUGAAGUGGAACAGAUGAGCAAAUGAGGAUGUUUUUUUUAUUUUAAAAAUUUUAGUGGAGGGUUGUUGUAUGUUGUGUUAAUGUUUAGUAUUGUCUUGAAUAAUUUCUGGAGGUAAAUGCAGAUCACAAAUUAACUUAUAAAAUUAAAAUAUUAUUAAAUGUUUAUGAAAUGUAUGAAA